AUGCGGAGCUCAAUAUAUCUCGGCAGUACAGAUCUGGGUCUUCAGCUGUCCACGCUUACGCAUCUGUCUGCGUCCGUCUGUGCUUCGGCUUUGUCUGCUGCCUCUCGCUUUGUCGUUCUCUUCAUCGUCAUGGAAGCUGCGCCACUUGCUGAAGUGCAUAAAAUGGGAACCAGACUCAUUUCUCACACCACUUCCAUCAAACCCUCUACUUCGCACAACCUUCAGGCUCCCAUCGUCGCACGCCGUCAAUCCGUUCGCUGCGUAGAACCUUCGGGCCACCGUAGCCCUAUAUCAGUCUUUUAG